CUUGAAUCAGCACUGUUGGACAGAGAGACAAAGGAUUUGUACCUUGUGUCCAAACAUGAGACUGGUGACUCUGGUUGUGGUGUGUGGCCUGAUUGUUGGACAGGAUGGAGACAGUGUGGGAGCAGCUCUGCCGGGAUUUGACUCUGCACAGAGGACACAUGCAACAGGAUCCAUCCUGUCUGCACUGAGGAGAAGGAGCACAGGAGAGUUUGUGGCGGAGGAUACCAGCCCGUGUUUGUCCCUGAGGGAGAAUGAGGAGCAGCGGCAGCUGCUGUGUAACGACCGCAGGAGUAAAUUCAACUUCAACCCGUUUGGCCUCCGCUUCGGGAAACGAUACAACGGCUACAUUUACAGGAGAGCCGUGAAAACAGCCAGGACAAAUAAGUUUUCACCCUUUUCUCUCUUCUCGCGAGAACUGGAGGUGCCUUCUUGAAACAGAUGCGUGUCUUCCUUUGAGGACUUGUGUCCCACUGGUGAAAAGUCAAGGUGACAAGUGUCUGUCUAUAUGUGUUUGGAAAAGGCCUUUUGUCUCAGAUGAAAUGAUGUUUCUGUGAAUAAAACUUUUGUA